AUGAAAUGGAAGAUGCAGAUGGAAGAAGUAGAAGCGAUUCUCGAGAAAAUCUGGGACUUACACGACAAACUCAGCGACGCCAUUCAUUCUAUUUCGCGAUCUCAUUUUCUCGCUUCGGUUAAAACCGUAACGAACUCUUCUCAGACUAUAAACGACGCGGUUGCCACCGAAACGACACUAGACGGUGCUGGUUUUGUUUUCGUCAAGGACUUUCGGCCGCGGGAUGAGGAUGCUGAUGACGCUGUCAAUGAAGCCAAGAGUCUUAAUGCUAUAAGGACCGCGCUCGAGAAUCUUGAAGACCAGCUCGAGUUUUUCCAUACCAUUCAGACUCAGCAGCGUGUUGAAAGAGAUGCUGCAAUUGCUCGUCUGGAACAGAGUAGAAUUGUUCUUGCAAUGAGACUGUCGGAGCACCAUGGUAAAAAAUAUAAAGUCAUUGAAGAAGCUCUUGCUUUUGUUGGAGAAGUACAGGAUGCAAGCGGCCUUAUUUCACCUGAAGUUUUUGGACAACCAAAAUGUACAGCUGAGAAUUUUGUAGCUGAUAAAGGGAAGAGAUCUAAUAUCCUCAUUAGUGCUUUUGUCUCAAGUUUCAAUUUUGUGAAGAAAUCUCUCGGGUUGGAUCAUAUGGGUGGAAUAGUGGGCAAUGCUGCUUUGCUCACAGUUAGUAUGAUAGCUAUGCUUCAUUUACAUCAGGUAACUAACCAUGGACAUCCAUUUAGGGAAGAAAAUAGAAAUCACGGCAACAGAACUAUGAGAAGAACAACUCAAUUGGAUUCUUCGUCCGGUGCCCAUUCCAGUAAUCUGGAUGUAUUGUUGGCUAGAGGCUAG